AUGGUCCGACUGAAAGGAUUGGUCGGACUGAAAGGAUUAGGCAUUCGAGUACCCUGCAUUCCCAAGUACGUGGUAGUUUCAAUCGACAAAGAGAAUUUGGAGCCCAGAAUACUAAAUAAGAUCGAUACUCUCUUUCCUGAUCGUAACUUUCUUCCAUAUGCUGCUUCCAAUCGUUUAAUUUUACUUUUGUAUGAUAACAUUUAUGGUAAAGAUCCCGACAUUCCCCAGGAGGCUCUUUGGAAUCCGACAACCAACGAACUCAAAAUCCUUCCUCCAUCUCCCGCAACCUUGGACCCGAGGUAUAAGAAGAGAAUCUACAAUAAUUUUGGUUUCGGGUAUGAUUCCACAUCUGACGACUACAAGGUGAUAAUAUUUCUGCAAAGAUCUGAUCAUGAUUUGAAGAAAAGGUGCUCCCUUGCCGUGGCCGAAUUAUAUUCUCUCAAGACUAACUCGUGGAAACGAGUCAGCUUUUGUCCUUACACCUUCCAUCCGUCCGCUGAUGCAUUCGUGAAAAUUCACGUGAACGGCACUUAUUACUGGUAUAAGAAGAGAAUCUACAAUAAUUUUGGUUUCGGGUAUGAUUCCACAUCUGACGACUACAAGGUGAUAAGAUUUCUGCAAAGAUCUGAUCAUGAUCAUUUGAAGAAAAGGUGCUCCCUUGCCGUGACCGACUUAUAUUCUCUCAAGACUAACUCGUGGAAACGAGUCAGCUUUCGUCCUUACACCUUCCAUCCGUCCGCUGAUGCAUUCGCGAAAAUUCACGUGAACGGCACUCAUUACUGGUUAACUAACUUAGACCACGAUUUUAUCCAAUCUUUUGACUUUGCUACCGAAAAGUUCGAGUCCUAUUGUGUUCCUAUGCCCCCGAGCGAAAAGUUGAAUGGAUCACAUAAAUUUUGUCAUAACAGGCUCGUUGAAUAUCACAGCUCGCUCAGUUUUUUUGGCUUCGACUGA